AUGAUCAAUUCAUUCCUUUUCCAGAUUUCGCUAUUUUUCUUCACUCAUUUAGCCUUUGGGUUUGACCUGCAAUCCAAGCAAAACGUGGCAUUGUACUGGGGCCAGAAUUCCGCCGGUUCCCAGCAGUCGCUGGGGAGUUACUGCGAGUCGACUGAUGCCGAUAUCUACCUAUUGUCGUUCCUUUAUCAAUUUCCCACUAUUGGUCUCGAUUUCUCGAAUGCCUGUACCACGUCCUUCUCUGACGGUGUGUUGCACUGCUCCCAGAUUGCGCAAGACAUUCAGAAGUGUCAAUCUCUGGGUAAAAAAGUUUUACUCUCUUUGGGUGGUGCUUCUGGGGCAUAUGGCUUCUCAGAUGAGAACUCGGCCAAGGCAUUCGCACAUACUUUAUGGAACACUUUUGGUGAAGGUACUGGAGCUACUGAACGUCCUUUCGACUCAUCCAUCGUCGAUGGUUUCGAUUUUGACAUUGAAAACAACAACGCUGUUGGAUACGCCGCCCUGGUUAAGGAAUUGAGGUCCCUGUUCGCGACCAGUACUAAGCAAUACUACAUAUCUGCGGCUCCUCAAUGUCCUUAUCCUGACGCAUCGGUUGGAGAUAUGUUGGAAAAUGCGGACGUCGAUUUUGCUUUCAUUCAGUUUUACAACAAUUACUGUAAUGUUGGCAAGUCUUUCAACUGGGACACAUGGCAAAACUAUGCUCAAAGCGUGUCUCCAAACAAGAAUAUCAAGUUGUACCUGGGUUUGCCAGGCUCCGCUACUGCCGCCAGCACCGGUUACAUUUCUGACCUAUCUCUGCUAGAGGACACCAUCUCGAAAGUCUCAGGCAGCGGUAAUUUUGGUGGCGUCGCUAUGUGGGACGCAUCACAAGCUUUUUCCAACAAGAUAGAUGGCCAAUCGUACGUGUCGCAUGUUAAGAGCAUUUUGAGCAAGUGCCUAGGCGGCUCUUCUACUACGACUUUGAGCCCUUCAUCUUCAACCGCCUCCUUUUUCACCACACCAUCUUCCACCAUAUCAUCCUCCACCACAAGCUCUUCUGCUACGGUUCUCACCACCGCAACCACUAGUGAUGCUGUCAGAGGCUUGACCACCAAGUUCUUGACCAGUGCAACCGCCAGCUCAACAGCCUCAGUAAGCACAACCCAUACAGAUGCCAGGACUACGGUGUUAUCAAACAAUCCUUUGACAACCACAUUGUCCACAAGUUCAACAGUUGAAAGAACAACCCUGCAGACCUCCGCACAGCCUACAACCACAGGAUCCGCUGCGUAUGCCAAAGCCGUCAGCCUCAAUGCCCUGUAUGCGUCAGGAAAAUACAACGGUGAGGAAACAUGUACAAAUGGUGACAUCGCAUGUUCUGCAAACGGUGAAUUCGCCAUUUGUAACUUUGGCACAUGGGUCAACAUGGUCUGUGCAAGCGGCACAACCUGUUUCGCUUCCGAGUCAAGCGACAUAUUGACCAUCGGCUGCAAUUUUGCCAGCCAAAAGGAGAAAUAUAUAAACUGA